AUGAUACCUUUAAUGGGGCACCACUCGCUCAAGGUAUACAUCAGAAAUAAGCCUAGCAAGUGGGCAUACAAACCUUGGACCUUAACAGGACGUGCUGGCUAUGUCUAUCGCUUGUACUCAUAUGGAGAUAAUCUUGUCAGAGAUGCCCCCAAUACUCCGGAAGAUAUCAGGGAAAGCGGAAAGGUUGUUUUGUGUUUCAAGACUGCCCUCCCAUGCAGAAUACAAGUCUCCUUUGAUAACUUCUUUGCAUCACUCUCAUUUUUUAUUGAAAUGAAGAAAUGGCAGCUCGGAGAAACAGCAACAUUCAGAGUGGCGAGAACAAGGAACUGUCCUUUGAAAAGAAAAAAAACACUGAAGAAAAAAGAGAGAGGAGCAAUGGAUUACCGGACCGAAAAGGAUUCACAAGUUGCUAUCUGCGCUUGGAAUAACAAUAGUUAUGUUACAGUUGGCUCAAAUGUUCACAGCGUUGAACUUCUUGACACCUGGGGGGCUAUGUUGCACUCCCCCUGCACACGUUACGAGAGGAAGACAAAGACUUACGUAAACGUGAAGAGGCCGAAACUAGUCAGGGUUUAUAAUGAAAGCAUGGAUGGCGUCGACAAAGCUAAUAUGCUCCUCUCGUUUUACAGAAACGACCUGAAGACCAAGAAGUGGUACAAAAAAGUAUUGUUACUUUCUGUUACAAAUGCAUGGCUUCUUUACCGUGAAGCUAAGUCGGCAGACCUGCGUUUCGCAGACUUCAAACUUGAGGUAGCACUUGGAUCGUUGCGACCUCAGCAAGGCAUGUCAGCUGGCAAUGAGGACUGCAUUGAACUAACACUUGCAACACCUAGUACAUCGACAAGAGCAACGGAAGGGUCAACUUCAAAAUCUGGAGUCGUAUCUAAGAAGGCAAAUCACGUCCAGUCCUCAGUAUGUUAG